AUGGAGGCAAGUGGGCCCUGUUUCCGUAGGAGAGAAGGGCUGGAAGGAAAGCCAGAGCACCGACCCUCGGAAGAAGGUGAGCCCCCCUGGGGGCGGUGGGAGGGGGCAGUUACAGAAAGCUUAGGUGGGGUUGGAGGAAGCACUGAGACGCACAAAGCCCCAGACUUGGUUCAAUGGACUCGACACAUGGAGGCUAUGAAGACACAGUUGCUGGAGCAAGCUCAGGGACAGCUGAUGGAGCUUUUGGAUCGAGCCGUGUGGGAGGCUGUACAAUCCUAUCCGCCACAGGGUGGGCCCCUGCUCUCCAUUCCUCCAAAUUCCUUGAGCAAGACCAAGGAGUCAGCCGUUGGGAAACGGAAAGUUUUCAUCAUCCGCAAGUCCCUGCUUGAUGAGCUGAUGGAGGUGCAACAUUUCCGCACCAUUUACCACAUGUUCAUCGCCGGCCUAUGUGUCUUCAUCAUCAGCACCCUGGCCAUCGACUUCAUUGAUGAGGGCAGGCUACUGCUGGAAUUUGAUCUACUCAUCUUCAGCUUCGGACAGCUACCCUUGGCUCUGGUGACGUGGGUCCCCAUGUUCCUGUCCACAUUGCUGGUGCCCUACCAGGCCCUGCGGCUUUGGGCGAGACCCCGGGCUGGGGGCGUCUGGACCCUGGGGGCGGGCCUGGGCUGCACGCUGUUGGCCAUCCACAUCAUGGUGCUCGGUGUCCUCCCAGUCCAUGUGGCGGUGGAGCAUCACCUCCCCCCGGCCUCUCGCUGUGUCCUAGUCUUCGAACAGGUACGACUCCUAAUGAAAAGCUACUCAUUCCUGAGAGAGGCUGUGCCUGGAGUCCUUAGAGGAGGUGAGGAGAUCAGGGCCCCCAGCUUCUCCAGCUACCUCUACUUCCUCUUCUGCCCUACACUCAUCUACAGGGAGAUUUAUCCCAGGACACCUCACAUCAGGUGGAAUUAUGUGGCCAAGAACUUUGCCCAGGCCCUGGGCUGCAUAUUAUAUGCCUGCUUCAUCCUGAGCCGCCUUUGUGUUCCUGUCUUUGCUAACAUGAGCCGGGAGCCCUUCAGCCCCCGUGCCCUGAUGCUCUCUGUUCUGCAUGCCACAUUGCCAGGCAUCUUCAUGCUGCUGCUCAUCUUCUUUGCCUUCCUCCAUUGCUGGCUCAAUGCCUUCGCAGAGAUGUUGCGAUUUGGAGACAGAAUGUUCUACCGGGACUGGUGGAACUCAACAUCCUUCUCCAACUACUACCGCACUUGGAAUGUGGUAGUGCAUGACUGGCUGUACAGCUAUGUAUAUCAGGAUGGGCUGUGGCUCAUUGGUGGCCGGGCACGAAAGGCAGCCAUGUUUGGUGUGUUCCUGGUGUCCGCGAUAGUCCAUGAGUACAUUUUCUGCUUCGUCCUGGGAUUCUUCUACCCUGUCAUGCUGAUGCUCUUCCUGGUCUUUGGAGGGCUGCUGAACUUCAUGAUGCAUGACCAGCACACGGGCCCAGCAUGGAACGUGCUAAUGUGGACCCUGCUCUUUCUGGGCCAGGGCAUCCAGGUCAGCCUUUACUGCCAGGAGUGGUAUGCACGGCGGCAUUGCCCCCUGCCACAGACAACCUUCUGGGGACUGGUGACACCUCGAUCUUGGUCCUGCCAUACCUAG